ACACUUCCUCCCUACAAACAACUAAUAAUUCCUCCACAUUAAUUACUUGUUAUUAAUCUUCUUUUUCUUCUUCUAAUAGAAGCAAACUAUGGAACCUUUAGAUCAUAGUCUCAUGGUUUCAACUCUUUCUGAAGCGCAUCCUGAGACUAUGGACUUUCUUUCUAAUACUUGGUGCAAUUUCGCUGUUCAAUCUUUACAACCUGAGUUAGUACGAGAUGGAUCAUCCAUUCUUCUAAGAGAUAACACCAUCACAACAUUUGAUCAUUUGAAAUUGGAAAAGAACAGUGCAAGGAUGGAUGAUGCAGAUUACAUGAAAUCCAUACCUCCUUGGAAAUCAAAUGAUUUGAAGUCAUGGGUUUGGAUGCAACAAGCAAUGCAUCCGGAAUUAAACUACAAUGCUGGCGGCUUUAGGAAGAAAUGGCAGUUUCAGUGGAAAAUGCCUUUUGGAAAUGUGUCACUAAAGAAAUGGCUAAAGGAGAUUAAGGAGAAAAGGAAAGAGGAAAAGAGGCUCCAAAGAGCUGAAGUACAUGCAGCUUUGUCCAUAGCAGGACUUGCUGCUGCACUGGCUGCUAUAGCAGAGGAGACCUCGAAAGGCCAACUUGAGCCUGACUCGAGCCCAGCUAGAAAAGUGGCGCUUGCUUCAGCCGCAGCUGUUGUGGCUUCUCAAUGUGCCCAAGUGGCCGAAACAAUGGGCGCUAAAAAAGAUCAACUUAGCUCUAUUCUCGGCUCAGCCCUGUCUGGAACUAGCACAAGUGAUAUCCUUACUCUCACUGCUGCUGCUACGACAUCAUUAAGAGGGGCAGCCACAUUAAAAGCAAGAGCAGGGUACAAGAACAGACUAAAUGGUGUACCAAUUCUGCCAAUUGAUGUGGAUUCAAGUAUUAGUAGGGAUGAACAUGAUCUUGAUUUUGAGAAAAGUAGAGCUAUACUGGCUAAGGGUACUCAACUUACUGUCGAGACACCUAAUGGAAAAUGUGUGGUGAGGAUCGUCUCAAUACAUCUAAACAACGAGGCCAAGGUAAUUCUGAGGAUACUUAAACGCAACUUAUUGAACGUAAUCAAGAGCAAAAAAGAAUGUCUAGUAUUAGAUCUGCAUGCAGAACUGUACAAAGAUGCAGAUGGAGAUGAGUUUGAUACAUGUUAUCAGAUAGUUUUAACCACAACAAGAGGGCCAAUUAAGAUUGACAUGGCCGAUGAUUACUCGCGUUACAAUAUGUGGGCAACAACUAUCAAUCAAAUGUUGAUGUUGCCUCCAUCUGCACUUACAAAAUAUGAGCAUCAAUUCUGCAACUAUUAAAAGAGUUUUUUCUAUUUUUAUGUACUCCACUUUUACUAUUUUUUUCAUAGAAUGAUAUCUACAAGAAACUAUAUAUUUUCAUUGUAAUAUUUUUCUUUCAUCUUUUGCUAAUUUGCUACCUUUGUGAAAUAUGCAUUGUAUAAUUAACUGUUGUGUUUAGCAUGUGUAUAUGUCCGACCAAGUGUUGAAUUAUGUUAGUAUUCUAUUCUUACUUUUUCUAGUAAAUGAAUAAUAAACUUUUUUUUCCUCGGUCUAUCAUGUACUCCAAAAGACAAUGAACUCGAGUGAAAAUGAAACUUGAGUUGUUUAAUUAAAGUCAAUCUAAUUGGGGUUUCGAAAACCACAUCAUAGAAAAAUAAAUGUCGAUUGAUUGAAUUAAAUAUGAGAUUAUAAUUUUAUACAUAAUCAAUAAAUAACAAUGGUGAAUUAGAGCUUAUCUCUUCACCCCUUUAUUUUGCAUUAUUUUACUUUUUUUAUUGUCUACUCAUUUAGCAUAAUUUCUAUUUUCGAAAUCGAACCCACUACUUUCUUUAAUCUCUUCCAUAUAUUCUAACUCUUUUUUAACAUCAUCAACACAAUUCAAUCUCUCUUAUUACUAAAUAUCUACUUUUUCUAACUUACAAAAUAAUUGAAUUUCUCUUGGAUACUAAUUCAACAUGAUGACUUAGACAUGGGCAUGAGUCUUGGCACCUAAGGGUCUAGACCCGACCCAACUCUAAUUUAAGGGUCUAGAUCUACCUAUUUUGGAUCCUAUGGAUCCGGGUCAAAUCUGAGUCCAUGACCUUAGGGUCCGAGUCCAAGUCUGGGUCUACACGUGUGAGACUCAGAUUCAAACCAUAUCCGAUCCAUAGACUCAUUUACAUCUUUUAUAAAUUUAUAUAUUAGCUAUCAUAUGUAUUUUAUUAUUUAAUUUGGAAUUUUGUUAUUUUUCUAAACAUUACGUGAUUUUGAACUUUGCCAUUUAUGUAAUUUGAAAUUUGGUCGUUAUAUCUAUACUUUGAAAAUUAAAAUACUUAAUAAAUAUUUCAUUAUUAGAACUUGAAAGUUGGAAAACUUCAUAUAUUUAUUUGCUCAAUUAAUAUAAAGUAUUAGAAGAUCCUUGUUAGUCGAAAAUGUUUAAAAUAAUUUUAGACAAAUGGUCGAAAAUUGUAUAAUAUAUUUUGAAAAAAUUUUCAUUAGGAAAAAAAAAUGGUUUGGACCAAGAUCCAGAGCAUAACAGGUCUAAAUUUUUCAUACCCUAUAAAUGUGAAUCCGAAUCUAAAUCUAAUAAAAAAUUAGAAUUUGAAUCUAGCUAAACCCGACCCAAAUCCGGCCUAUACCCAUCUUAGAAUGACUUAAUGACUAUUUGAAGAAAGUUUGACCAAAUUGAAUUGACUCUGACAUAUCGAAGGUUUAGUCGUCAAAUUACCGGUUUGUAGUUCAGUAAAAUGGAUGCUUGAUUAUCUUGUUGUUUUCAAAUUUCCAAAAACCCAAAAAUUGCAUAAUGGCAAGUUGGCAACUUUAAAUAGUUGAUUUUCAAAACAUACAAAAGAUUUAUAUAUAAGCAUUUAUUGAGCAGAAAUAAAAAUCAUCCUUUUUUUUGAGAUAAUAAAAAUCAUCCUAAAAACAUAUUAUUCACAUAUAUAAUUAUAUACAAAAUAUUUACAUUUUGUAACCCAAAUUAAUGUAAUUUUCUUUUUGGUACGAUUUCAUGAUGAGCAUAAAGGCACUGUUCUAUUAAAUUUGCAUAGCUUUCUUUUAUUUGCUUAGCUUAACAUUAAUUGAGUUUAAAAUCUGCAAGUAUAAUAUUUAUAACAAUCCGUAAACAAAAAUAUAUAACAUCUAUUUUCUUUAUUCCUUUAAGGUUGCACCAUAUUACUCAAAAGUGUUUCACAUAUUCAAAUCAUAUAUUGCAAACUUAAAAAAAUGUAUUCAGUUCAUCUGUAUGGUCUCUCAUUGCAAAUUAACAAAAUGACUUCUCUCAAUAAUAACAUAUCAAAGCGACAAAAAAAUAAAUGUAAAU